AAAAACAUUUGAAGUUUAGAAAAAAUAUUUGCAAAUAAAAAAUGCUUAAAUACAAAUAUAUACCACCACACAAACUUAGAUCACAAUCACAAAAUCCCACACCGGAACCCACGCCACGCCUCAGCAACAAAUCCGCACAAUCCAUCUCACCGUACAUUCUGCAAAAUUCCAGCGAUUACUAUGGCAGCGCCAAUUCGCUCGGCAGCACACCGCAGAGCCUGCAACGCAACACGGAUGUGCGCGGCUCCAAUAACUCACUAACUUCGUCCGCGGGUGGCACAAUACGUUCGCGUAAAUCACGUAAAGCGCCCGCGCCGCCCACGCCGCUCGCCAAGGAAUUAUUCCCAACAGCCACACCACCACCACCAUCGCCCUUGGUUACGAGCGUCAGCGCCAACACCACCAGCGAUCGUCAGACCGACAGCUCCAAAACAUCCACACCCAGUUCCAGCACUGUCGGCACACCGAAGUUGGGUCGUAAGAAACGACCCGCGCCAGCUCCACCAAAGCCCGCGCGUCUCGAUCCCAGUUUACUACCCACAGAUCCGCCAGCAGCAGCAGCAACACAGCACACAAAUGGUACGGCGCCAAAAAACUCGUUUAAUUACCCUCUGCAAAGUGAAACAUCCGACUCGAAGCUAUCCGACGAAGAGAAAGCUUUGUUGGAGGGUAACAAACAGUUGUCCAUGGACAGCAUGCGGUCGACGAUAAGCGCCGACGAUGAGUUAUGCACGAGCCACGAAAGUCGGCGCAGCUCACGUCGUCUCAUACCGCUCGAUGCGAGCCUCUUGCUGGAUGAUGAUGACGAACACUUGAAUGCGGACGCCAACGCGGAUGCCGACGGCAGCGGCAAGUGUGAUGAUGCGAAACAGAAGCAACAGCUAUUGCGUUAUAGCGAGCAAGAGGAGACAAAUGUCGUGUAUCGACGUGUGAUUGUGCCGCCCAGCCUGGAGACGCCGACACGCGAGACGAAUCCACUGCUCGACAGCGGCUCGCACGAUCGUCAAUUGGAGAAAAUGAAAGAUAACAAAGAGGCGCAGAAUCGCAAUCGGCAAUCACAAAUAUCCGCUUCAUCCGGCGCCGAGGACUGCGACAUCACCUCGACGCCCUACAACAAAUCAGCGCAUGGCAAAUGGAAGCGUCGCAAAGGUCCAGCUCCGGCGCUGCCCAUACCGCCGCGUAAGGUGUUGCAAAUGUUGCCGCUGCAAGAGAUACGUCACGAAUUGGACAUCAUUGAAGUGCAGCAACAGGGACUCGAGAAGCAGGGUGUUAUUUUGGAGAAAAUGAUACGCGAUCGCUGUGAGGGUCAAAAUGGUGAGCUCUUGGGCGCCAGCGCCGCAGUGGAGGAUGCAACCGACGGCAAGAAGCCGAGCACAAGUGCCGGCGCGGAAGGUGUGCAGAACUCGAAGGAGGUCGAGGAUCUCAUAUUGCAGUUGUUCGAGCUGGUCAACGAGAAGAACGAACUGUUUCGUCGACAAGCCGAACUCAUGUACCUACGCCGCCAGCAUCGCUUGGAACAGGAGCAAGCCGAUUUGGAGUAUGAAAUUCGCGUGCUGAUGGCGCAACCGGAACGCAAUAAAACCGACUCGGAUAAAGCGCGUGAAGAAACGCUCAUAGCACGCUUAGUAGAGGUGGUACAGUUGCGCAAUGAGGUCGUAGAAUGUCUGGAAAUGGAUCGACUGCGAGAAGCCGAGGAAGAUUUGAGCAUUAAACAACGCUUAGAACUGCAUACCGCGCAGCGUGAAGAAGACACCGACUCGCGGAAAAUCACAGCAAAACUUUCCAAAAAGGAAAAGAAGAAGCAAAAGGAAUCGAAAAAGCUGAGCAAAAGCAAGAAAAUCGAUGCGGACAAGGACGCUGAUGAAUCCGAACUAAAUAUGGAUAAGCAGAAAUUGAAGAAGAAGAAGAAGAAAUUUCUCUUUUAAGCCCUGACUGAGACGAGUUUCCGGCAGUUGAUUUAAGCGUACCACUUGCAGCCGCCUUGUGAUAAUACUAUGACAAAAUUAUUUUCGAAAAAAACUGAUUUACUUGCGCUAAAAUCCUAGUUUAAAAAAACUUUAAAGCACUCAACAAGCAGCGUGUCUAAAAAAUGCGACUAGAGAAAUGUCCACGCUCGCGCAGCCAAGAAAUGAAUUCCAUGCUCGUAAUUUUUAUUUAACUUUUUAAUUUUUUUUCCAAACAUUCAUUGGCUUUAAUUAAAUUAUAAAUGAGAUGAUGAAUUAUUUUCAAAUUUUAUUUUUGUAUUCAUUCCUAAACCGAAAUCUCAGCAUUUGCACUUUUAAAGGCCUGUCUUCAAUUAUUAUUAUUAUUUUUUAACACAAAGAAAUGAAAAAUGGAUUACUAAGCAAAACUAUUUUUAAUAUUUACACACAUACAUAUAUACACACACAGUGUUACUUGCGUAAUGUUAAUUAAAUCUAAGCUUACCUAUACAUAUACAUAUAUAUAUUAAACAAAUAUUUUGCAUGUAUUAUACUGUUAAAUUAAACUAAACAUAAAAACAUACAAACACACACUUACUUGCAUUUUCUUUUCUACACUUAUUUGUUAGUUUUAUUGUUGUUGUUUUACUUUUAUCAAAAGGUCACAUCACUAAAAUGUAAAAUAAAUCAUAAAAUCUAAGGAGUUGGCAAAUAGUUGGUGAGUCAACAAGUUUUGUAACCUCUGUGUAUAUGUAUGUGCACUUACACACAUACUUAUGCACAUUCAUGGAAAGAAGUGUCAAUUACAGUUAGCGUCAAUGCACAUGUGUGCCGCCCGUUAAUCGGUUUUACCAUGCAAUGUUACUUCACACAAAGCACUUACAAACAUUUUGAUUCACAUAUUCAUACAUAGGUUUAUGUAUAUCUACCAUACAUACAUACACUCAAAUGAGCAUACGCCAAUCAAUUUAUAAAGAAUAUAUUUUAUGUUACUAAAAUAAAUAUAUUUCGUUUUUAUUGCGUA